UAUACCGAAAUCGGUUUCAAAAAUUAUAUUUGAUUAUGCCCCUUUUUGCGCUCUUUUGCAAUUGGAGAUAAAUUUGUAAUUUGUUUACAAUGGAGACACCGCGAAAAAAUCGCGGUAGAAAUGGAAAAUUUAUUUCUAAUCAAAUGCUAAGGAAGACAAAUGUUUUAGAAGAAAACAAGCAGAGAAAUAAAGAAGUUGACAAAGGUAAAAAAUCUUUAUUAUAUGUAUAUAUGAAAUAAUGAAUCGUAUUCUGGCGAUUCUUCCCAGAACAAGACUGUAUCACAAGCACACCAGGUUAGAUCAUUCCUCAUACACUUGUCUAUUUGAAGAAAUAAAUAUGCUAUAUUUGAUUUAAUAAAUUUACCACACAAUAAGGACAUAUUUUCUUACUAUAUAAAUAUAUUUUGAACAGAUGAUGUCAUUGUGUCUCACCCACAACAAGAAGCAAACGACAUGGACGAGCCUGUAGGAUUUCAUGACUGUAUCACAAGCACACCAGGUUAGAUCACUCCUUAUACACGUAUUUAUUUGAAGAAAUACAUAUGCUAUAUUUGAUGUAAUAAAUUUACCACACAAUAAGGACAUAUUUUCUUACUAUAUAAAUAUAUUUUGAACAGAUGAUGUCAUUGUGUCUCACCCACAACAAGAAGCAAACGACAUGGACGAGCCUGUAGGAUUUCAUGACUGUAUCACAAGCACACCAGACGAUGUCAGUGUGUCUCACUCACAACAAGAAGCAAACAACGUGGACGAGAAUGUACGAUUGCAUGUACCAUACUAUCUGGAUGAGCAUGACUAUGCACAGAGAGAAGAUGAAGUAGACACUGAAUUUAUCCUUGUUGAUGAUGAUAGUAGUAAAAGUGAUAAACAGAUAGAAUGGUUCACAGGAAGACGUGUAAUAGAAUUAGGAUAUGUUGUGAACAAACUCAUUGAGGGCUGUAACUUUUGUAGACAUCCCUUGAAAUUAACUGAUAUUUGUGGUGAAGUGAGAUAUGGCCUUGGUUCAUUACUGCGAAUAAAUUGUAAAAAGUGCAACAAAGUGACUUCUGUUCCAAGUGGAAAGAGACACUCACAAAUGGAUGACCAUGCUAGCAGAGCAUUUGAUGUAAACACAAAGCUUGCUUUAGGUGUGUAUGAGAUCUCUAUCAAAGGAAUGCUACAUGCAGGCAUAGGGGAGAAAAAGGUAUCUUUGCUCUUGAGUGUGUUGAAUAUUCCUCCUCUUUCUCACACAACUUUAAAAUGUAAAGAGAGAGAAGCUGGUAAAGCCGUAGAAGACUUUGCAAGGCAAAGUUGUGAUUCUGUGGUUACUGCAGAGAGAGAAUCUUCUAGUAAUAAUGAUGAGUUGAUGGUGCAUUUGAUGGUGGAUGGCAAAAAAGGGGAUCAGGGCGUUCUUUUUCAAGUUUAUCUGAAAUGUCAUCAUGCAGAUAAAACAGGGAAGGCUCCAUCAACUCACGACUGCCGUAAAAACUGGACGGGGAGUUCCAAAGCUAUGGAGCCAGACAUGUGCAUUGAAAUGCUAAAAGAUCUAGGCGAAAAGGAGGCUCGUGUUGGAACCAUAAUCAUGGACAAUGAUACUACCACCAUAGCAAGAGCAAGAACUGAGGUAAACCCAGCUUUGAAGAAACAAAGUGACAAAAAUCACACACUGAAACAGUUUACGAACAAAUUGUAUGACUUGAAAAAGUGUAAAAACUAUAAGGAACUAAAUCCUAAGACAAUAAGUCACUUAUCAAAGUGCUUCAAAUAUUGUGUCAGCCAAAAUCAACAUGACGUACAUGGUAUGAGGAAAAACUUGGAGGCCAUAUCCAAACAUGUAUUUGGUGAUCACAGCGUGUGUGGAUCUUGGUGUGGGUAUCUUUCAUCACCGACAACGUACAAACCCCUUCAGUUGCCAUACCACCGCUAUCUAGCAGACGAAGGAUUGAAAUGGCAAGCAAGACACCUAAAUCAACAUUCUACUCUGGGCUCAGAGAGCAACGACUUUAGAGUAGCUGCAGCGGUUGCACAAAAAAAUUUGGGUCAUCAAUAUAUAUUACAGGUAAAUGAAAAAUUGUUUCUUUCACCUGGGAAAGUGACCAGCAAAAUUGCCAUGAAAACAGACUUGAAAAGAAAAAAAGACAAAGACAAAGAAGACACAGAAGAGUACAAGAAAAGAAGAGCCUUGAAAAAAGCUGAGAGCAAGAAAAGUCAAGAAUCAGCAGCAGUGAAAGAGGGGAUCACAUAUGAAACUGAUGCCGACAUCAAUAAUAAUGUAGACAACAGCAUUACAGAAAUACCCCCUCCUCUCACCAAACCCAUCCCAACACCCAUAGCAGCUGGGCAGCAUACAUUUGUAUACUUUGACUUAGAAACAACAGGUCUUGAUAAAGAUUGUGAAGUAACACAGAUUGGAGCUUGUACUGAUGAUAAAACCUUUUCCCAAUAUGUCACUCCUCCAACAAAACCAAUCUCUGCUUCCGCUACAGCCGUGACUGGACUAGCCAUCAGAGACAACAUCAUGUACAAGAAUGGACACCAAGUUCACAGUAAGACAACCGAGGAAGCUUUUCAGUCAUUUAUUGAUUGGAUGAAGCAAUUUACAAACAUUAUAUUGGUUGCUCACAAUGCAGUGUUUGAUUCCAGAGUCAUUGUGCGUUUAUUUCAUUCCGCUGGACUGUGUGCCAGUGACUUCUUUAUUGGAUUGAUCGACACGCUGUCAUUAUGUAGGGAAUUCAUCCCAGGUAGAAAAUCCUACAAGCUGACAGAUCUUGCUAAAGUCAUGUAG